CCCUCUUCCCAUUCUCCAUCUCAUCAUCCCCUUCUACUCAUCGUCAUCGCGUCUCUCGUAUUUGAUCUAUUGCAGUGCACUCUGCUUGCUCCCACAUUCUCACUCCCUCCCUCGCUCUUUCCCCAACUGCUGCUUUUUCGCAGAAUCUAACCAUUCCUGUAGCGGUGUUGCGGGGAGUUGGAGUGCAGGCGCGCGUUUUUUUCGUCUCUGGACAUGGCCUCCUCCUCAGCGUCAGCUCUUCGCUCUUCAGCGUCGUGGAGCGCGUCAAGCGCGCCUUCUUUUCGAGGAGGUGCAAGCGCUUAUGAGAGGAAUUCACUAAGGUUCGCGUAUUCUAGCGCCUCGCCACUACACGUACUGAGAUGUCGAGCUGUUAUUUCACCUUCGAACGGCAGGGACACCUCACUUAUAUCGUCGGAAUCGGAGGGAGGGAAGCAGAAUGAAGGGCAGGUUUCUGCAGUCCAGAAACGAAGGCGUGUAGGGAGGGGCUCGCGAUUGGUUGGAUCGGGGUCGGCUGUCCCGAAGCAUGUUAUCUCAAAUGAGGAGCUCUCAAAAUUUGUGGACACUUCGGAUGAGUGGAUCUCCUUGCGAACAGGAAUUCGCAACCGUCGUGUACUUGGAGAAGAUGAAUCUCUGACAACUUUAUCUGUUGAUGCUUCAAGAAAGGCCCUUGAAAUGGCGAAUGUGAAGCCUGAGGAGGUUGAUUUGUUGUUGCUCUGCACUUCCACCCCAGACGAUCUGUUCGGCAGCGCUCCACAGGUGCAGAAGUUGCUGGGAUGCCAUAAUGCCUUAGCUUUCGAUUUGACGGCCGCAUGUAGUGGCUUUGUUCUGGGACUUGUGACGGCCACUCGCUUUAUUAGAGGAGGAGGUUACAAGAAUGUACUUGUGGUGGGUGCGGAUGCUCUAUCGCGAUACGUGGAUUGGACUGACAGAGGGACAUGUAUUCUGUUUGGCGAUGCCUCUGGAGCGCUUCUUUUACAGGCAGCAACUGAUGAUCAAGACAGCUUGCUUGGCUUCGACCUACGUAGUGAUGGAAACGGACAUAAGCAUUUGCACGUGACAGUAGAUGAUGUUGAUAGUUCCCCUAAUGGGGCUGAGACGAACGGAUCUACAUUCAAACUGCCUGGGAAGGCUACAUAUGAAUGUCUUCAAAUGAAUGGGAAGGAAGUGUUCAAGUUCGCUGUACGAGCCGUGCCUCAGGUUGUGGAAGGAGCAUUGCAGGAGGCUGGCCUUACAGGAGACAACGUGGAUUGGUUGCUUCUUCAUCAGGCUAAUCAACGGAUUCUUGAUUCUGUGUCUGACCGAUUACACAUACCAUCCGAGAAAGUGAUAUCUAAUCUUGCUAACUACGGGAACACCAGUGCAGCCUCCAUACCUUUAGCAUUAGAUGAGGCUGUUCGAAGUGGCAAGGUGAAGGCUGGUGACGUGGUGGCCACGGCCGGGUUUGGAGCAGGUCUUACGUGGGGUUCAGCGAUUGUCCGGUGGGGUUAGAUCAUACCUUCACUACAGGAGUACUGUUUUUUUCUUUUCUUUUCUUUUCCUUUUAUCUUUCUUUUGUAACCUCCCCCUUAUCUCUCUCACCCUCCUGUAGUUGAUUAUUGACACAUUAAGUAGGUGCCGAUAGGAUCUUACAGUCAUGUGACUUGUAUCAAAGAUCCCCCCCCCCUCUCUCUCUCUCUCUCUCUCUCUCUCUCUCGCUCUUUUCUUGGCCUAUGGUUAUCGUGGAGAAAAUUAUCAUAGUCGGUUGUAAACAAUCUGGCAUAGAGUGAAAAUAGGGGAUUUUACCGAAGAAGUGGUAGCAAAAGACAACAGAAUGUCUGUUUUCUACUUCUCCUUGAGAAGCCAUUCCCCGGUGCUGAAAGAUAUUACAUUUGAGGACUGCAACCCUGUAUUUGUAGCUUGAUAUAGUAUCAUCAGCCGACGUCCUCUGAACUUGUAAUUCCCAAUUUUGACAUUGGUUUUGUGUCGGUACUAUGGUUGUACUAAUAGAAAAUGGGUUCCAACCAUCUUUCAAAUCUCUCUGUAAUGCUGAAUUGCAGCGUUCUGCCAAUAGUUUCAGUAUCUGAGCUUCAGCUUAA